AUGGCCACCGAAGAAUAUGCGACUGAUUCCAGUUCUGAUUUCACCGAAUAUUGGAUUGAUUUAUUCUUAGGAAUCAAAGGAAACGAAUACUUCUGUGAUAUUGAUGAUGAAUAUAUUAGAGAUAGAUUUAAUUUGACUGGAUUAAAUCAAGAAGUGUCCAAAUUACCUACAUUAAUAGAUAUAAUAACGGAUGUCAUAGAUAUAGACCUGCAACCGGAUGAACAUAGAGAUAGUUUGGAACAUAAUGCUCGUAUAUUGUACGGUUUAAUUCAUGCUAGAUACAUCUUGACCACUAGAGGUUUAAAUAAAAUGUUUGAGAAAUAUAGAAGUGGGGAUUUCGGUUAUUGUCCUAGGGUGCAUUGUCAGUUGAAUCCAUUAUUACCAAUAGGAUUGAAUGAUCAACCUCGUAUGGCAUCUGUUAAAUUGUAUUGUUCGAAAUGUGAAGAUUUAUAUAAUCCAAAAUCAGGAAGACAUUCUGUUAUUGAUGGUGCUUAUUUUGGUACUUCUUUCCCAGCCAUGUUUUUCCAAAACUUUCCAAAUACAAUUCCAGUACAUUCUAAAGAAACAUAUGUUCCAAGAGUUUUUGGAUUUAAAUUGCAUGAAUAUUCUAAAUUGAAUAGAUGGAGAGAAUUGCAAAGGUUGAAAUUGGAAAAUAGAUUGAGAAAGAACGGUAUACAGAUUGAUAAUGUUGUUGGUGGGUUUAUAACAAAUGGUGAGAGUGAUAGCCGCGGUACAAACAUCAACAAUAACAAUAACAAUAGUAACAACAGUACUAAUAACAUAAAUCCACAACUACAAAGUGCAUCUUCUCAUUACAGAAGCCAGGCACAAUAUCAAAAGUAA